CAUGUGCUAUAUAUAAUGCCUGUGGACCAGCUACUUCAUGAAAGGGUUGCCAUCACAAAAGCCAAAGUGGAUUUCUCCAGCGUCGUGUGCCUGCCCCCUUCCGUCGUUGCUGUAAAUGGCCUGGACGGAGGAGGGGCUGGCGACAAUGAUGAUGAGCCGGUGCUGGUGGCCCUGGCUGCCGCACCCAGCCCCCAGAGUGAAGCUGUUGCCAAUGAGCUUCAGGAGCUUACCCUGCAGCCUGAGCUGACCCUAAGCCUCCAUCCUGGCAGGAAUCCCAACCUGCCUCCACUCAGCGAGCGGAAGAAUGCGCUCCAGCUAAAGCUUCAGCAAAGGCGGACCCGGGAGGAGCUGGUGAGCCGGGGGAUCAUGCCGCCUCUGAAAAGUCCAGCUGCAUUUCAUGAACAGAGAAGGAGCUUGGAGCGGGCCCGGACGGAAGACUAUUUGAAACGGAAGAUCCGUUCGCGGCCAGAGAGAUCAGAGCUGGUCAGGAUGCACAUUUUGGAAGAAACCUCAGCUGAACCUUCCCUCCAAGCCAAACAGCUAAAACUGAAGAGAGCCCGGCUGGCUGAUGACCUCAACGAGAAGAUCGCCCAGCGGCCAGGCCCCAUGGAACUGGUGGAGAAAAACAUCCUUCCGGUGGAGUCCAGUCUGAAGGAGGCCAUCAUUGUGGGACAGGUCAAUUAUCCCAAAGUGGCUGACAACUCUUCUUUUGAUGAGGACAGCAGUGAUGCCCUGUCCCCUGAGCAGCCAGCCAGCCAUGAGUCCCAAGGGUCGGCACCGUCACCGCUGGAGGGUCGAGGCAGCGAGCCCCUGGCCACCUCUAUUUCUGUGUCCCCUCCUCAGGUGGUGUCCCAGCUCCAAGUGUGCCCCGACUCCAGCGAACCUGCUUUCCUGGCAGAGCAACUGUCUCCUCUGCCAGUUCCACCUUUGCUGCCACCCAGCCUCCCUAAUGGAGGUACUGCUCCCACUGCCAAGCCCACCCCGACUCUCAUCAAGCAAAGCCAACCCAAGGCCCCGGGGGAGAAGCCCCCGCGCAGCAAGAAAGCCAAGGACCUGAAGCCCAAAGUGAAAAAGCUCAAGUACCACCAGUACAUCCCCCCUGACCAGAAGCAGGACAAGGGGGCGCCCCCCAUGGACUCCUCCUAUGCCAAGAUCCUGCAGCAGCAGCAGCUCUUCCUCCAGCUCCAGAUUCUCAACCAGCAGCAGCAGCAUUACAACUACCAGACCAUCCUACCUGCCCCGCCCAAGCCCGUGGGUGAGCCCCAAGGUAGCAGCAGCCCUGCCUCCCUGCGUGCUGUCCCUGCUGCCCUGGGCAGCUCGGCCUCUGGCCCACCUGGGCCCGCUGGCCUUGUGCGCCAGAACUCCGUGACUGGCAAACUGGGCCCACUGCCCUCCAACCUGGAUGACAUGAAGGUGGCUGAGCUGAAGCAGGAGCUGAAGAUGAGAGCAUUGCCCGUCUCGGGCACCAAGACAGACCUGAUCGAGCGCCUCCGGGCCUACCAAGAGCACGCGGGGGUCCCCGGCCCUGCCUCCGGAGCCCCCAAGCCUGGGGCCGCCCCCAUCCUCGCCAAAGCCGGGGAAGUGGUGGUGGCCUUCCCCGCGGCCCGACUGAGUGCCGGCCCCGCCCUGAUGGCCGCGGGCCUGGCGCCCACCGAGGUCGUCGUGGCCACCGUGACCAGCAACGGGAUGGUGAAGUUUGGCAGCACGGGCUCGACGCCCCCGGUGUCCCCUACGCCCUCGGAGCGCUCCCUGCUCAGCACGGGUGAUGAAAACUCCACUGGCGGUGGCGGCGAUGCCUUUGGGGAGAUGGUGACCUCGCCCCUGACACAGCUCACCCUGCAGGCGUCCCCGGUGCAGAUCCUGGUGAAGGAAGAGAGCCCCGUGGCCCGGGCCGAGCGCUGCGGCCGAGACCUCGAGAGCCGCGACAAGGACCAGAUGCUGCAGGAGAAGGAUAAGCAGAUCGAGGAGCUGACGCGCAUGCUCAAGCAGAAGCAGCAGCUGGUGGAGAUGCUGAGGCUGCAGCUGGAGCAAGAGAAGCGCGCCCAGCAGGCGGCCCCCCGCCCGCCGCCGCCCACCCUCCUGGCCCAGGUGAAGCAGGAGGACGGCUUCUCCAGCUGCCAGCUCACGGGGCCGUCCGUGGAGCCCGGCGCCACGCCGGUGCUGGCGGUGACGGUGAAACAGGAGGCGGUGCCUGAGGACGAGCCUCCCAGCUGCCUCCUGGCGCCAGAGCUGAGCGGUCUCCUCCCGGGGCCCCCCCCGGCGCUCAUCACGGAUGCCACCGGCACUCACCUCGUCCUCACCGUGACCAAGCGGGACACGCAGGACUCGGCUGAGGACGAGCCUGGAGAAACUGGCAGCGGCCAGAGCCCCUCCCAGGGUCCGCCCAGUCCAGGACCCUCCCCGCUCCUGCCCUUCUCAGUCCCCCCUGGCCUGCAGUCAUUCUUUCCAAAUGGCUUCCACAAGACUGCCUUGAAAGCAAGUGUGGCCACGCCCAGCAGCCUGCCCAAGAAGCCCUCUUCAGAGCCCAGUUCCCCAGUGACCCUCCAGACCUCCCAGAUGGAGCUGGACCACCAGCCUCAGGCCCUGUUUGAGGCAGCUCCUGGGGCCAACCCCCUGCCCACCCUGGUGAAGAAAGAGCCCCCUGGCUAUGAUGAGGCUGUGAAGCAGCAGCCCAGGCCCCAGGAGGAAAACGGUUCCUCAAGCCAGCAGAUGGACGAUCUCUUUGACAUUCUUAUUCAGAGUGGAGAAAUUUCAGCUGACUUUAAGGAGCCCUCGCCCUCACCUGGGAAGGAUUCGAGCCCAGCCCUGCCCUGCCCUUCGCCAGCGACCCCCCAGCCUCCUCCGGAGCUACCCCUGCCCCUGGGUACCAGCCCUGCCCCAGGCCGCCUGGAAGACUUUCUGGAGAGCAGCACGGGGCUGCCCCUGCUGACAGGGGGGCAGGAAGGACCCGAGCCCCUGUCCCUCAUUGAUGACCUGCACAGUCAGAUGCUGAGCAGCUCCGCCAUCCUGGACCACCCGCCUUCUCCCAUGGAUACUUCUGAAUUGCACUUUGCCCACGAGCCCAGCACCAGCCUGGGUCUGGACUUGGCUGAGGGCCACCUGGACAGCAUGGACUGGCUAGAACUGUCGGGGGGGCCUGUCCUCAGCCUGGCGCCCCCCAGCAACAUGACCCCCAGCCUCUUCUCCACAGACUUCCUGGAUGGCCAUGAUCUGCACCUACACUGGGAUUCCUGCUUGUAGCCUUCAGCUUCCAGGGACGAAGAAAGGGAUGGUCCGACUGCCCUGGAAGCGGGCGCCGUGGGCAGCCAUCGGCCUCUUCCCCCGGCCGGCUACCCCCUCCUGUCUGGGACCACAGCUGGGGGCGUCGGGCCAGGCUGGGGAAGUUGCUAUGUGGCCUCCAUUUUUGAGGCCUGAGGUGCCAUGCUUUUAUCCAGGGCAGUUCUGGGAGAGGAUCAGACCUGCCUGCCCAGCUCCCAGCCCUUUCUCCUCAGGGAGGAAACUCCCUGGGCCGCCCUAGUGCAGCCCUAGUGCAGCGGCUGUACAAACGAGAAAUGUUCUGUACAGGUGUAAAUAGCUCAAUAUUAUAUAUAUAUAUAUAUAUAUAUAUAUAUAUAUUCUAUACAUACAUGUCUCUCUAUUUUUGGUGAGAGGCGGCUGAGGCUCCAUAUCCUUUCCCCACUAGGCCGUGUCCCCAAGUGAAUGUGUCGGCCCCUGGGGUGUGUCCCAGGGAGCCCCUCACCCAGGCUUGCUUUUUUACUGGACGUGCCCCAGCCCUGCACCUUUGGUCCCUCAUCAGUGCCACGAGGGCAGAGGUGCUCUGGGGCCCAAUGCCCGUGUCUUCUGUCCACUUGCCUCAUUGCAGCAAACACUAGAAGGGCAGAGCCAGGCUGGGCCCAGGGUCCCCUCACUGCCCCCCACCCCUGGGGCUGGAUUUUGGUUGGAACAGCUGGGAGGAAAGGUUUUUUUGGUUUUUUUAUAAAUAAAAACACACUAGUGCUUUAAGGUGAUGUCCUACCUCAAGGUACCUCUUGGAGGGGGUGGGGGGGGAGCAGAGGAGAAAGAAUGGCCACUCCUCCCCCAACCCUCCCCCCAAAGGACGCAUCAGGAGCUGGAGGCCGUGUGGUGUGGUUUUUUUCAAAAAGCAGGUGCUUUCACAAUAUGCUGUUUAUUUAUAAACCAAAAGAAUAAAGGUCCUAUCACUGUU